CGAAGGCGUAGGUCCGUAGCCAUUUUGGCUCAAGUCCGCCAGGUGAGUGCAUCUCCUCCUGGCAUCUCAAUCGAACAACUGCUCUUUCUUACCUUUUACAUCUGCUCUUUCGUAUCCUUUCAAGCCAUAGUCGCCUCAGUCAUGGCGUACAAGCUAAUCAUCGCGACGGCGUCCGCGCUCGCUUCCAUGGUGGGCGCCGAGCUGCAUCUCAUCCAGGUGUCCGUGCACGGGUCGGACGGCAAUGAGGCGUCCACGCCAGCACCGACCCCAGCACCAGCGAUGGCCUGCGCGGAGCAAGGGUGGAAUGGUAAUGGCAUUCCAUUUCGCAUCGGUUUUUCGAUUCACGUUACUUCUUCUUUUCCUAACAUCGCCUCUUCUUAUCUUCUUUUGGGGAGUGGCUACAAUCCCUACAUGGCUAUCUACGGGCCCGGGAUGCCUGGGGUGAAUGCGGGGACCUUUCAGUUGCUUUUCCAGUUUAAUGCCCUGUCGAUUCCCUCAACGACUUACCGUGUGACGUUGCCAGUUGGCCUUGAUCAGUACUAUGAGAUGGUCAUCGUGAGUGAAAGCGACUUCGCCUGCUACGUCAACGGCCAACAGGUAUUCAACACACAAGUGGACCGGCCCGUGUUCUCGUCCUACGGCACCGCGCUGGCAUCUCUGCCUCCCCUGGACGGAGCAUUGAAUACCCUCAGUCCGAGCACAUUCCCAGCGGACUCUGCAGAGAGGUAUAGGAUCUGUGACUUUUCAGUGACCAGGGCCAUUUCAAACUCGACGUGCUAUGAUCCCUCGUCGCUAUCGACGUGCCUCGCCGCGCCGACCCCGAGCCCGACGCCGAGCCCCACGCCCCACCCGACGGCUCCAACGCCAGCGCCUACCUUCGAGCAGACGACGGAUUUGUGGUUGCCAGUGCUGAGCACUGAUCAUGCGGGUGGCACCGUCGGUAGGUAUUUCAAUUUCGAUUGGGUGGCGGAGCUUGGAUCUGGAACGGUUUACUGGCCAGAUUUGAGGCAAUGCCGCGGUGGGGUGGAGCUUGCGGUUGGUUCUGGUGUGCUUUGGCAAGGUGCCAAUGGUGGAACGGCCGGCAAUUCUCAUGGACGUUUCGACAGUGCAGCUGCGAUUCAUCGUGAUUGGAAAGUGGGUGAUAUCGCUACAAAUGGAAACUGUCAGCCCAGUCCCACGCCCAGUCCGACGCCCAGUCCGAUCCCUAGCCCCACGCCAAGCCCGACGCCGUACCCGACGGUCCACACGCCGCACCCGGGCAGCGAUGGCGGCUUUGUGCUGGCGAUGCGGUUUGCCACCUUCAGCCAGUUCACCUUCUCCAGCGACUACUGGACAAAUGACCAACUCGUGGAUGAAGCCGAUGCUGACCCUUACAAGGAUGCCGACGGAAAGUUUGACGCAUUUCUGUCUGCGCCCGCGACCGAAAUAAGAGGGUCUCCCUGGGGGGUGCAAGACGUACAAUUUUGCCUCCAUGGGGCUUCCCACGACGACGACUCUCAAGGAUCUGUUCGCCACUACUCCCAUCGGCUCCUCCACGAAUAUCAGGUUCGGCGAAUCGACUGCUGAUAUCAGGCUGUGGGCUGAAUACGCCGGGCGGAACGGAUGGGCGGAAGAAACCGUUUGGAUGGGUUCGGGCAUUAAUUACGCAGACGACAUGUCAAUCUAUCAGGCCAGGGUGCGAUUCGGUGCUCUCUUCAACAACUAUGACAGAGUUGGUGAUGCCGACGACGCCAUCGGGUUUGGGGCAACAGAGGCUGAGGGUCAAGGUAUGGUGGGCGCUGGAGCGACGACUUGGCCAAGGAAUUCGUAUCCAGUGCAGGGCACGAUCUGGGUCAAGACCCCUGCGCCCAGCCCGACGUCCAGUCCGACAUUGGCACCGACGCCAGCGCCGACACUGGCAUUGAUGCUGUUGUACACAGAGCAUACGGGUCAGACGUGCGAUGGGAACGGUGUCGCCGGCAACUUGGGCUCAAUCAGAGUAGACGUCUUUGGUGGUGAUAUUGGACCUUGCGCCGACGAGUGCAAUUCGAAUCAGGAGUGCGUCGGAUUUGUGCAUGUCUCGACUGGGGAAUGGUCCCCUGCCUGUUUCCUGCGCUUGGGAGCGAUGGGGAGUCCGACGCCUUUUUAUUCGGACACGCGCACCUGUUACGAACGCAAGCCGACGGCCGACCCGACGCCAAGCCCCACGCCCACCCCGACUGCGGCGUCGACGCCAGCACCAACGCCAGCACCGACGACGUCAUUGUCCUCCGCCACCGGCGAUCCACACUUGCAGAACAUGUUCGGUCAGCGGUUCGAUUUGGUGAGGCCAGGCAAAUCUGUCUUGGUCAGCGUUCCGCGCGGAAUGCCCGUCGAGGACGCGCUGCUUGUUGUAGAGGCCGACGCGCGUCGACUGGGGACACACUGCUCGGACAUGUACUUCCAGGAGAUCAACGCCACAGGGACGUGGGCGAACAAGGUGCGGCCUGGAGGCUUUCACUUCGACGCUCACGACGCGCGUGACGAGACGCCGAAGUGGCUGAAACUCGGGCUUGUGGAGCUCAAAGUCGGCAGCGGUCACACUGACAAGGGGCAGCCGUAUCUGAACGUCUACGUCAAGAACCUUCAGCGCACUGGGUAUCGUGUCGGAGGGCUGCUGGGAGAGGAUGACCACACGGAGGCGGCGGUGCCUGAGGAAGGGUGCAAGAAGAUGUUGUCCCUCGAGGCGCGGUUGUAUGGUCAAGCUUCGGAUCUAAAGGGCUCCGUCGCAAUUGGCUACUGAGCCGAGGGCUCCCGGCUCCGCGCUGGGCGGUCGAGCCCGCCCGCCCGCCCGCAAGGGGUGAAUUGAUGUGUCCCGCCGACAUUUACAUCGAAUUCCAGAGACCUAUAGGGAUCUGCGACGACAGAGCGUACAUAUGUACAUCAAGCGUGGCGCGUUGCCGCUUGUUUUGAUCGAUGGCAAGCGUGUGCGCGCCUUUUUUCCGUGAUACCGCGAUCAGCAGUUUGCCGAUAGUGAAUAGUGGAGUCGUGGGUGGGCAGGGGGGGGCUGGGGUCGGCCAGCCAGCGGGGGCGCUGUGUUGCGUGCCAGAUUUUGUUGCCAGCGCUUCCCGCGCGAGUCAGGCGUAGCGUGCUGCCGCUUGUUUGAAUCGAUGUCAAGCGUGUGCGCGCCUCAACUCCGUGGAACCGCGUUCGGCCGUCUCCGUUGCAGACGGUGGACGGAGCAGGUCAGGGUGAGCUGGAGGGAUGCUUCGGUAAGGAAUCAUACAUUACAGCCUCCUUCGAGUGCCCCCCAUCCGC